AUGGCUAAGAGAGAGAAAAACAAAACACCAACAACAGAUCAACAAGAGAUUGAAUUAUCAAAUUCAUUAAUCUUAGGUGCAUAUUCGAUAGAUGAUAAUGGAGAUUUUCAAAAUGACCUCAGUGCUUUAAAAUAUCUAAAGAAAACUUAUUGGAAUACACCACAAGAUGUAAAUUUCAAUUUAAAAGAAAUAUAUGAAAGUAUGAAGAUAGAUGCGCGACCUCAUAAUUAUCUUGAAAGACUCAAAAGCCUAACAAGAUUUAUUCAAGAGAAUCCUGAAAAUAUUAUCAAAAAUAAUAAAGUUGAUGCCGAUUUUGUUUGCUUUCGUGGUGUUUUAAAGUAUGUUUUAGCAUCUUUUUAUUGCCACCAAGGAUGGAUUGUUGAAGCUGUAAAGCUAAAAGGAACAAUUUACAUGGCCUUAAUCACUAAUUGCUUAAUGGAGCCAUUAGAUUAUUUAACAAUAUUUGAAAAUUGUAUUGUUACGUCUGAUCCUAAUAAAGACUCUGUGGCUGUGAUUAAACCAUCAGCUUCAGAAUUUCACUUUGUAAUGUCCAAAAAAAUUAAUGAUAUUAAAUUACUUUUUGGCGGGGAAUGUGAUGCAAUAAUUAGUGACGAACCUGUAGAAUCAUUAGAUGACUUAAGAAACUCGAAAUUAAUUGAAAUAAAAUCCAGAGGUGACAAAUCUAGACAUUAUAUGGAUUAUUUUAGAGACUACAAAAAAUUACAUUGGUGGUGUCAGUCUUCAAUAGCUUCAAUUGAUAGUAUUUACCUUGGUAAACGUGAUGAAAAUGACAUUGUUAAAACUAUCGAGAAAAUCGAUGUAGAGUCUCUGGAAACCCCAGAAAAAUCACAAAAGUUUUGGAAUAAAAAUGUCUGUUUGCAUCGAUUAAGAGAAUUUUUGAGAAAUGUCCAAGUGGAUAUGGAAGAUGUAAAUGAUCCAAGAACAGUAUACCGCUAUGAAUGGAAGGAAAGAUUUACAACCAAUUGGAAAAAUCAAUUUCCAAUGUUUCCGGAUAUUAUGCAAGAUAGAGGAAUGCUUUCCGAAGAUUACGUUUUGUUUAUCAACAAUCUGUGA